AUGGACACCGGAGCCCAGAUCAGCGUGGUUCCCUCCACUCCAGUUGACCGCAGUUGUCCCAGUUCUGGUCUACAUCUCCAAGCUGCAAACUGUUCCCCCAUUUUCACUUUUGGUAAUCGUUCCCUAACGCUAAACAUUGGUUUAUGUCGAUCAUUCUCCUGGAUAUUUGUGAUUGCCGAUGUGCCUCAUGCGCUCCUUGGUUCCGACUUCCUAGCCGAGUUUGAUCUCCUUGUUGACUGUCGGCGUUCCUGUCUCCUCGACCGCACAACUGGUCUUUCUGUCCGUGGUCUUACACCCUUUAAUGACUUCUGCAAUUUAUCUGUUCUGGACACAGGUAUUGCUUGCCCAUACCGAGACCUGCUCCUCCAACACCCCAACAUAAUCAAACCCCAAUUUCGCAGUGGUGAGAUCCAACAUGAUGUUGUCCACCAUAUUCGCACCUCUGGCCCCCCAGUAUGCGCACGGCCUAGACGACUGGCUCCGUCCCGUCUGCAAGCGGCGAAGGCCGAAUUUGAGCACAUGCUGCAACUGGGCAUAAUUCGCCCGUCCGAGAGUCCAUGGGCGUCCCCUCUGCAUAUGGUGCCCAAGGCGACAUCAGACGACUGGCGGCCCUGUGGUGACUAUCGCGCCCUCAACAAUGCGACCGUCCCGGAUCGUUAUCCCGUCCCUCAUCUUCAAGAUUUUGCUGGAGCUCUUUUCGGCAAGUCGAUUUUCUCGAAGACUGACCUUGUUUGGGCCUUCCAUCAGAUUCCUGUCGCUUCUGAGGAUGUUCCCAAAACUGCCGUCACCACACCAUUCGGCCUGUUCGAAUUUAUUCGCAUGCCAUUUGGUCUUCGCAAUGCUGCCCAAACAUUUCAGAGGUUCAUUGAUCGAGUCAUACGUGGUCUCCCGUUUGUGUACGCCUACAGCAAUAACCUCUUGGGGGCCAGUCGAAAUGCCGAGGAACACAAGGAGCAUCUCGCCUUAGUGUUUGACCGCCUCGACCAGUUUGGCGUGGUCAUUAACCCUUCGAAGUGUGUUCUGGGUGUGCCGUCACUUGAUUUUCUUGGUCACCAUGUCGAUGCACAAGGUUUGCGUCCCCUCUCUUCCAAGGUUCAGGCCAUUCGUGACUUUCCUCCACCAACCUCCAAGCGUCAGUUGCAUGGUAAACUUUUAUUACCGGUUCCUACCGAACUGUCCCGACCUUAUGCUGCCACUCACCAACUUGCUCUCUAGUCCCAAGGGUCCCCUUGAGUUACGUGGCCACGCGCUGACUGCUUUUGAGAGAAUAAAGACCUCCCUUGCUGAUGCUACCUUGCUCACUCAUCCUGCUCCAGAAGCCCCAUUGUCCCUGAUGGUUGAUGCUUCGACCGUUGUCGUAGGAGCAGUCCUCCAACAGCAUACCAACGACUCGACACAACCGUUGGCAUUCUUCUCCAAGAAGCUUUCACCUGCCGAGACGAGAUAUAGCACGUUUGGCCGUGAACUUCUUGCCAUUUACCUAGCAGUAAAACAUUUCCGACACUUCCUUGAGGGUCGUGAAUUCACAAUUUUCACAGACUACAAACCACUUACAUUUGCCAUCCGAUCCCAUUCUGACAAAUAUAACCCGAGAGAGAUUUCUCAUUUGGAUUACAUCUCGCAAUUCACCACCGACAUCCGACCCAUUGAUGGCUCGAAGAAUGCGGUGGCCGACAUGCUGUCCAGACCUUCCCUCUCGGCGUUUCACCUCUCACACGGGAUUGAUCUUGGUGCUAUGGCGGCUGAACAACGACGUGUUGGAUGCCCUGGCGACGCGUCUGUUGACAGUCUUCAAUUAGUUGACGUCCCAUUGACCACCGGCACUGGCACAAUCCUUUGUGACGUAUCGACUCCAUUUCAUCGCCCUUAUGUGCCUGCCUCGAUGCGUCGAGCUGUUUUUCAAACCUUCCGCGGACUCUCCCAUCCUGGGAUUCGAGCCUCACAGAAGCACCUCGCGGAAAGGUUCGUAUGGCCUGGGUUGAACAAGGAUGUGAAAGCUUGGACACGAUCGUGCCUUUGCUGUCAACGUAACAAGGUUCAAGGCCACAACAAGUCUCCAUCGGGCACGUUCCCCAGCCCCGAUGCACGGUUCAACCAUGUGCAUUUAGAUGUCGUAGGUCCUAUACCUCCAUCCAAUGGCUAUACUCACCUUCUCACCUGCGUUGAUCGCUAUACCCGUUGGCCGGAAGCCAUUCCUUUACCGAAUGUGCAAGCUGAGACUAUUGUGAAAGACUUCGUCAGUCGUUGGGUCGCCAUAUUCGGUGCGCCAUCCAUGAUUACGAGUGAUCGAGGCGCGCAGUUUGAGUCCACACUUUUCCAAACUCUCCUCAACUUCCUUGGCUGCACACGUAUUCGGACGACGGCCUACCACCCAGCUGCCAACGGCAUGGCUGCGCGUUUCCACCGCCAGCUAACAGCUGUACUGCGUGCCGCAGAAGAUCCCGAAAACUGGUCAGACAAUUUACCCGUUGCACUUCUUGGCAUUCGUGCGGCACUGAAGUCAGACUUGGACUGCAGCGCAGCCGAAUUGGUUUUCGGCACUACCCUCCGACUCCCUGGUGAGAUGGUCACUCCAACCUCUCGUGGUGCCGAAGAGACCCCCGAAAAUUUUGUGCAUCGUCUGCGACAAUUCAUGCGCUCGCUCUUCCCGGUUCCACCUCGAGCUCCAUCGACCAAGUCUUAUGUUGGAAAAGGCUAA